GCUGCUGCUUCUCCCCGACAGACGGAGGAAGCUGCGGGGACCCGGCGCCCAGAGGAGCCCGAGCGGGAGCAGAUCCACAGCCGAAAAGGGAGCCGCUAUUGCCGCCGCCGCGAGCGGAAGGUGCAGAGAGCGCAUUGGGCGCGGAGCCGGGAGCCCGGGAUUCGUGGGCGGCCAGAGCGCCAGGGGCCGCGCGCCAUGCUCCGGGCCCCGACGGCGGGGACGCCCCCUCGCGCGCGGGCGGCUGACUGGGCCUGCGAGCCCGGGGUGGGCAUUUCCCCCCAACGGGUGCGCUAGGGGCGCGGGGCCCAGCGGGGGGCGGCCGAGCUGGGCUCCCUUCCCCGACUCUGAGACCCCGCGCCCCGGAGGCAUGGGGCGGGCGGCCAGGGCCGCCUAAGAUGCCGGCCAUGCGGGGACUCCUGGCACCGCAGAACACGUUCCUGGACACCAUCGCCACGCGCUUCGACGGCACGCACAGUAACUUUGUGCUGGGCAACGCCCAGGUGACAGGGCUCUUCCCUGUGGUCUACUGCUCUGAUGGCUUCUGUGACCUCACUGGUUUCUCCCGGGCUGAGGUCAUGCAGCGGGGCUGUGCCUGCUCCUUCCUCUAUGGGCCAGACACCAGUGAGCUCGUGCGCCAACAAAUCCGCAAGGCCCUGGACGAGCACAAAGAGUUCAAGGCGGAGCUGAUCCUGUACCGGAAGAGUGGGCUCCCAUUCUGGUGUCUCCUGGAUGUAAUACCCAUCAAGAAUGAGAAAGGGGAGGUGGCCCUCUUCCUGGUCUCUCACAAGGACAUCAGUGACACCAAGAACCGAGGGGGCCCUGACAAAUGGAAGGAGACAGGUGGUGGCCGGCGCCGAUAUGGCCGGGCAAGAGCCAAAGGCUUCAAUGCCAACCGGCGGCGGAGCCGGGCUGUACUCUACCACCUGUCUGGGCACCUGCAGAAGCAGCCCAAGGGCAAGCACAAGCUCAAUAAGGGGGUGUUUGGGGAGAAGCCAAAUUUGCCUGAGUACAAAGUGGCUGCUAUCCGGAAGUCACCAUUCAUCCUGCUGCACUGUGGGGCUUUGAGGGCCACUUGGGAUGGCUUCAUCCUGCUCGCCACCCUCUAUGUGGCCGUCACCGUGCCCUACAGCGUGUGUGUGAGCACCGCCCGGGAGCCCAGCGCCGCCCGUGGCCCCCCCAGCGUCUGUGACCUGGCCGUGGAGGUCCUCUUCAUUCUUGACAUCGUGCUGAAUUUCCGCACCACGUUCGUAUCCAAGUCGGGCCAGGUCGUGUUUGCCCCCAAGUCUAUUUGCCUACACUACGUUACCACUUGGUUCCUGCUGGACGUCAUUGCGGCUCUGCCCUUCGACCUGCUACAUGCCUUCAAAGUCAAUGUGUACUUUGGAGCCCACCUACUGAAGACGGUGCGACUGCUGCGCCUCCUGCGCCUGCUCCCCCGGCUGGACCGCUACUCGCAGUACAGCGCCGUGGUGCUGACCCUGCUCAUGGCUGUGUUCGCGCUGCUCGCCCACUGGGUGGCCUGCGUCUGGUUCUACAUUGGCCAGCGGGAGAUUGAGAGCAGCGCCUCCGAGCUGCCGGAGAUCGGCUGGCUGCAGGAGUUGGCCCGCCGACUGGAGACGCCCUACUACCUGGUGGGCCAGAGCCCAGUUGUGGGGAACAGCUCUGGCCAGAGUGACAACUGUAGCAGCGAGGCCAACAGGACGGGGUUGGAACUCCUGGGCGGCCCGUCGCUGCGAAGCGCCUACAUCACCUCCCUCUACUUCGCGCUCAGCAGCCUCACCAGCGUGGGCUUCGGCAAUGUGUCCGCCAACACGGACACGGAGAAGAUCUUCUCCAUCUGCACCAUGCUUAUCGGUGCCCUGAUGCACGCGGUGGUGUUUGGGAACGUGACGGCCAUCAUCCAGCGCAUGUACGCCCGCCGCUUUCUGUACCACAGCCGCACCCGUGACCUGCGCGACUACAUUCGCAUCCACCGCAUUCCCAAGCCCCUCAAGCAGCGCAUGCUCGAGUACUUCCAGGCGACCUGGGCCGUGAACAACGGCAUCGACACCACAGAGCUGCUGCAGAGCCUCCCGGACGAGCUUCGUGCAGACAUUGCCAUGCACCUGCACAAGGAGGUCCUGCAGCUGCCCCUGUUUGAGGCUGCGAGCCGCGGCUGCCUGCGGGCACUGUCCCUGGCCCUGCGGCCUGCUUUCUGCACGCCGGGCGAGUACCUCAUCCACCAAGGCGAUGCCCUCCAGGCCCUCUACUUCGUCUGCUCCGGCUCCAUGGAAGUGCUCAAGGGUGGCACCGUGCUCGCCAUCCUAGGAAAGGGUGAUCUGAUCGGCUGUGAGCUACCCCGGCGCGAGCAGGUGGUCAAGGCCAAUGCCGACGUGAAAGGGCUGACGUACUGUGUCCUGCAGUGUCUGCAGCUGGCUGGGUUGCACGAGAGCCUGGCCCUGUACCCUGAGUUUGCCCCGUGCUUCAGCCGAGGCCUCCGAGGGGAGCUCAGCUACAACCUGGGUGCUGGAAGAGGCCCCGCGGAGGUGGACACCAGCUCCCUGAGCGGCGACAACACCCUCAUGUCCACGCUGGAGGAGAAGGAGACAGAUGGAGAACAGGGCCCUGCAGCCUCACCAGCCCCAGCUGACGAGCCCUCCAGCCCUCUGCUGUCCCCUGGCUGCACCUCCUCUUCCUCGGCCGCCAAGCUCCUAUCUCCACGUCGAACUGCGCCCCGGCCCCGGCUAGGGGGCAGAGGGCGACCGGGCAGGGCAGGGGCUUCACAGGCUGAGGCUGGCCCCCCUGCUCGCCCCCAGAGCUUAGAGGGGCUGCGGCUGCCCCCCGUGCUGUGGAAUGUGCCCCCGGAUCUGAGCCCAAGGGUAGUAGAUGGCAUUGAGGAUGGCUGUGGCUCUGACCAGCCCAAGUUCUCGUUCCGUGUGGGGCAGUCUGGCCCGGAAUGCAGCAGCAGCUCCUCCCCUGGACCAGAGAAUGGCCUGCUCACUGUCCCCCUUGGGCCCAGUGAGGCGAGGAACACGGACACACUGGACAAGCUUCGGCAGGCGGUGAUGGAGUUGUCUGAGCAGGUCCUGCAGAUGCGGGAGGGACUCCAGUCUCUGCGCCAAGCGGUGCAGCUCAUCCUGGCACCUCAUGGGGAGGGCCCGUGCCCUCGGGUGUCAGGAGAGGGGCCAUGCCCAGCCAGCACCUCUGGGCUCCUACAGCCUCUGUGUGUAGACACUGGGGCGUCCUCCUACUGCCAGCAGCACCCUGCUGGCUCUGUGUUGAGUGGGACCUGGCCCCACCCUCGUCCAGGGCCCCCUCCUGUCGUGGCACCCUGGCCCUGGGGUCCCCCAGCAUCUCAGAGCUCUCCCUGGCCUCGAGCCACAGCUUUCUGGAUCUCCACCUCUGACUCAGAGCCGCCAGGCUCAGGAGAACUCUGCCCUGAGGCCAGCACCCCCGGCUCACCGCCUCCUGAGGAAGGGGUGAGGACUGGGCCCCCCGAGCCCGUGAGCCAGGCUGAGGCUGCCAGCACUGGAGAGCCUCCACCAGGGUCAGGGGGCCUGGCUUUGCCCUGGGAACCCCAUAGCCUGGAGAUGGUGCUUAUUGGCUGCCAUGGCUCUGGCACGGUCCAGUGGACCCAGGAAGAAGGCACAGGGGUCUGACUGCCAGCCCCAGAACUCAGUGUUGCUAGACAUGCUGCCAUCUGCUGCUCUGCCCAACCUCAGGGAUGAGGAAGGGCGGCAUCCACCCCCUGGGACAACCGGCUGCCCACUGGCUCAGGGCAGGGAGCCUGAAAGCCACGGCCGGCCUGGCCCCGGGCUCCCAUGGAGGGGGGGGCUGUAGCCUCAGGGGCAGGCCCCAGGCUAGGGAUCUCCGGGCCCCUACUUGUGGGGCCCCUCCUCAGCCUGAGGCCAAGGAGGGGUUCUGCCAUCCCCUGCAUGUACCCCUGCCUCACCUGUCCCCACAUUUUUUACAUUAAAAAGUAACAAUAAAAGAAACUACUUUGGAACUCCCGUGAUUUUUAUUUACAAAAGAAAAA